UUGUUUUUCCUGUUUUAAGAAAGUGUUACGCUCCUUGUUUACUAACAAACGUUGAAAUCUUGACGCAAAUUGUUAGAGAAAUGGAUAAGGUUGCGCUUAUAAUUAUAAUUUUUUGCAUGUGCUUGAUGACGGUUUUUCAAGUGACGUGUGAUGAACUUAAAGAAGUUGUGGAAACUAAAUUACAUCUAUGUCCUGGUUUGUAUUGUGGAAGAAUAGUUCCAGAAGCUCAAUGUGGGGCGUGUCCCCGUGGUUACCAGCCAGACGAUCAGUCGUUAUGUGUACGAUGUACUGGACAUCUUAUGCUAUACGACCAGCUGUAUCUUGGAUUCAUGGCUCUUCUUUCACUUGUCCUACACUGGUUUUUUAUCGAAUUCACAACCAGAAGAAAAAAACGGGUGAUUAUUCUUCACCUCUGUGCUUUGAUUGAAAGUGUGUUGGCGGCAGUGUUAACCCUUGUGAUGUCGGACCCCAUGGGCAGCCUCAAUAUCCGAUCGUGCAGCGUUCGGCACCUCUCUGACUGGUACACACUACUGUACAACCCCAGCAUCAACUACACAACAACCCUACACUGUACACAAGAAAUGGUGUACCCUCUGUACUCCAUGGUUAUGAUCUACUAUUCCCUGUCACUCAUCUUUCUCUUGAUCACCAGAACAUUUGUCUCAUACAAGUUUGUCGAAUCACGUGGCACGAAGUCCAUUUAUGCUGCUCUCUAUUUUUUGCCGAUACUCAUUGUCGUACAAGCUGUGUUUGGAGGACUGUUGUAUUAUGCUUUCCCUUAUAUUAUCUUGGUAGUGUCUGUAGUGACAAGUGCAAUACAUCUUGCUUCAAUGAAAGACCAGAAUAUCAAAGACCUGAUCAUAGAUAGUUUUACCAGUGUCAGGAAUCUUACAAUACUGGUUGGACACUGGAUAUUACAUGCCUAUGGAAUAAUUUCACUGACAGAACUGAAGAAUCCAAGUUUUGAACUACCGCUUCUAGCUCUGGUGCCAUUUCCAGCAUUGUUUUACGUGUUAACCGUCAGGUGCUCAAAUCCUGAUGAACUGGACCAUGUUUAGCCCAAAAUGAAAGAGUAUCUUGUUAAUAUAUUUGAAGAAUUUGGACUCUGGUGAACUGACAGCAUUGAAGUGUCUUUUCAAAGAUACAAUUUGUGAUAUAUGUUGACACAGACAGGCAGGGUGCUUUAGACUAACACAGUUGGGCCUGCAAGCAUGAAGUUGGGCUAGAAUGCACACUGUUAUAAAGCGAGUAGCACUGUAUGGUAGUCUUUGGCGCAUUCAAGAGGUGACCAAUUUGACUGGAACCAUUGUAUUCCAGCCUCGAUGGUGUCGACAUUAAGCCAUCUGACAUAAGGCUGGUAGGUACAGGGUUCACAGCCUGGUACCGGCUCCCACCCUAAGUUUUAACGACUCAAUGGGUAGGUUUAAUACCACUACACCCU